UUUUGCGUUUCUCAUGUCAUGUGGUCGUUGAGACGGAGAACUUUUUUAAGACCCUCUUAGCUCCCGUAGCUACUGUAUCACGAUGAGAAAUUGUUUGCGCGACCAAACGCCAACGCGGCCUUCUCACCUCAUUGAAAUGGGCUGUGGACUAUUUUUUCUCUCCACGACCUCGACCUCCCGUUGUCAGAGAUAAAAGACGCAAGGCGCACGAAGAAGGCGGUAACGGACCUUUUCUCUUGUGGGAAAAAUCCUUCCUUGCCCCAGUCGUCCUGAUGCUCGACCCGGAGCAGGCGUCUGGGAGCGGCGGCCCAGGCGCUCCUGCGCCCGGAGGAGCUGCACCGGGCUCGUCGUUCACGGAACGUAUUUUCGACCGCGUAGUGACCCAGGCGUGGUUUUUCGAGCGGUACGACACCUACAAGUACGUUCGGGUGUUCGAUGUCCGCCUGGGAAUCACCUACUACCUCUUCUGCACCCUGCUCGGCGUCUACAUCGGCGUGUACAGGAUUUUGUACCUGAACAGUCAGUUCCAGGUUUCCCCCGUGGCGGGGGACGUCAUGAUUACGCCGCUCACACCGUCCGUCGGCAACUGCAACGUCGACAAUGGGUUUACGAACGAAAACCGCAACUGUCGGCACUUCGUGGCGGACACGUCGAAGCUUCCGUUUUGCGACAAGUACGUAGACCCGGGUACUACAGCAGCGGGAACAGGACUUCUAGGCGCGGAGGGGGUGAGCAAGAGUCAGCAUCAUCCUCCCGCUGGUACUACCACGUCCGCAGGUGGCUCUGCGGCUCUUCCGCCCCAAUUUCAACAGAAGCCGACGGUGCACAAACUUCCCUGUUUGCACGUCGAGCCGGACAGUCAGUACUACCCGUUCAUGAUGCACCAAACCACCGCCUUUUUUGUCACGCACGGCGCGGUCAAGCUGCAGGAGGGCUCCUCGUGCAGCAUCGAGAACGAGGAGAAAGCCUACGUUCAGGCGAUCCGCGACCGGAAUCGGGAACGAUUUUCGGGGCAACAAGAAGGACCUGCAGCGGGAGGUGGAACAGCUUCAUCGCUGUCAAGAACAUCAUCUGCAAGAACUUCAGCAGCGGCCAGGACAGGUGAAGAUUCUAGUGAACAACUAAUAUCUCCCUCAGACGAACAACAGCAGCCUCUUUCUUCCGCGACGUCGAUGCAUGGAGAUAAUGAACUUGCCCCACACAACGACGUCGACCCUGCGACCGCGUCUGGUGCGUCGCAAUUUGACGCCAACGGGAACAUUCGCCAGGACAACUACGUGCAGGGAACUGCGAGCCCUGCCGCCCGUCGGAUGAUGUUUUCUUCAUCGUUUGCUCAAGUAGACAGUGAACGGCAGCCACCCUCUGAAGUGCUCGAGCUCGGUGAGGAAAGCCAAAGGACAGACGAGGACGACGACGAAGAUGCAGAUGAAAUAAGUGCAGCAGCUCUGUCAAAAAGCACCGCAGCAACAGAUGCUUUCUUUGUUGCAAGGAGCGAAAAUAAAAUACCUCUAACUUCUGAAACCGACCAAUUAUCUUCAGCAACUCGCCGGCCUCGUGCCGUCGAUGCUUUGGACGCGGUGGAAUACGUAUGAACUGCAAAAGUAUCGUACUCGUAUAAAUGCAUAUACAAAUUCGUAAAGAAAGAAAGAAGCAAGCACUUCGUAUUUUGAAAGCGUCGCGCUUCGUAAAAGCACUUCGUUUGUUGGAGUCGCUACGUGAUGAAGCAGAUAGCUCAUGUAGAAAUAAGCAGCAGAUACUUCAACGCGUGCGCAGCUUGCGGGGGGGUGACUCCUGUGGUCCCCCCCCACUCGUUGCGCCUUUUUCCAAAACUGCAGGGACUUGCUUCCUUUUUUUUCCAGCAGUGGCUGGCGGGGUAAGAUCAAGGCCGGGGCUAGUGACAUUGUUGCAAAGUCAUAGGGCGCAGAGUCUGAUAGCAGUAGCACACAGCACCAAAAUACUUAGCCCAUAGCGUUUUCCGAAGUUCCUCAGUGGCUGCACCUCGCCUCUCUGUCUUAGUCAAAAACAUAAGCACAAAAUGGACUGGCGUAGCCGCGCACAUGCAUGCACGCGGAGGGGAAGAUGGAAUAGAAGGGUGGCGGCAACGCGGGAGCCAGGACGCAGCCCGGAUUUUAUCAAAAAGGUACGGCCUAAGGCCUCGGGAACGCCGAGCACACCCGCGCACUUCUUCGUGAAUCGCCCACCGCUUUUUGUGCGUCAGCUGUGUCGGAAUAAAAAAAAAAAAGCAAAAAAGAAAUCGACCCAUAUCGACCCCCCUUGCUAUUCGUCCCACAGCAUAGCAACGUCCGCCGCGGCUUACGGCUAUAGACGUUAACUAUAUCGUGGGGAUUUUCUAUGCGUGUGUCCGGUCCGAGUUCGAAAAAGGGUUCAGGGGUGGCCCCCCUGUAUGCAUGCGGAUUUAUGCUUCCGAAGGGUUUAGGGUUUUGAUUUGUAUGGACCAAUGCGGCGCGCACAUCGAGUUUCCUGGCAGUGUCGACCUGCUGUACACGGCGUAACCCCCGGCGGAAAUAGACCGGAAAACGCAUCUGAAACUUGAUCGUAAAUUCGUGCGCUCCUAUGGAUGUUUGAAAAUUUUGAUCUUCCCCCCUCCCUCCCCGUAGCCCCAUGUAGAGUUAGUUUUUUUUCCCGCUCUUAUCUUCUUGUCUCUAGUUUUGCUCAAGUCAUUCGCUUUGUUUAUUUAUUCCUCCGUAUUCCCAUUUACAGAAGUAGUGGUAGAUGUAGAAGUAGCGCUAGUGCUCUACCCCUUUAUGUUUUCUGGUCGUCAUUUCGAGUACUAGUUUUAUCAGAUCCAACUUGCUAGCGCUAGUCGGCGCAUCCCGCCUCCUCGCAGGGGCUGCGUUUUUUCCGCCUGGCCAGCGGGUUUGUCGUGGGGGGGGAAAUUGCACUAAUUAGCCUACGACUCUUACACACAUCAUCAUCAGGAAGCCCGAGGGGUUUUUCAUCCUUUCUGACAGCUGACAGCGCUGCCCGCCUCGGAAUUUGCAUUGUUCGCGCGAAUGAAAGAAAUCUUUUCAUCCCCGCUUCGCGGCGACAGAUAAACAUUUCUUUCAUUCGCGCCCGGAUAUUUGCAUGAAGUAAUUCUUGAUUGUGGUUUUCAGUUUGCCAGUCGUAGCUCUCGCAUACAUGUGCGGGCUCCUUUACGUGUUUCGGGUUCCCGCCGUAGUUGCUCAACUUCCCCCUCGCGCGGAGCCGGCAGGGGUUCAGCCGUCCCGUCCUUCCCGUCGUGGGUUCAACGGCCCCCAUCCCAAAGAGACCACUUAGAAAUAAAUUUUUUUUGUAGAAAGCAACUUUUACAGCGGUCGCCCGUUUUGCAUCGGCCGAGGUUGCACAUGCGUCCGGAGUAAUUUCCACUGAAGUCCCUCGGCAUGGGUCAUAUGAUGUUCUUCGUCAGGUCGCGCAGCCUCUAUUAAUGCGAUUCGGGUCGAUCGCGCCCUAUGGCUAGUAUCGGUGAUCCAGUUCGACCAUAUAUUUCGGGGGGCAGUAACGUGAAGGAAAAGCGUUCCUUCGGGGACGCCUAGUAACCACGCAAACACGAACCCGGAUAACGCCCCCUAUGGGCGACUAUCUCCCUAUACAGUGGUCUCUCCCUAUCUUUACUAUUUUUCAGUGCAGCGGCUUACUGCACUUAUCGCCUUACGGAGACUGUGAUCUGACCCCCCUCUACCUCCCCUGGUGGACGUCUGCCGCGGCUUACGGCUCUGGACGUUAACUAGGAUCAGUGCGUUGUGCGGGUUUAGGGUUUUGAAAAUAAUUUUGUAUCUCCCACUGCUGCAUGCACCUGCUGCAAGAACUUGUCAUGCAAAACAGCCUUCGGGCUGUUCCCGCGCUUCAGGAGUAGUCCUGUUGCGUGAGGGCGGCAGAAGAUGAAAAAGUGUGUUGGUUUAGGGGGUUGAAUUUCGUGUGCAUGUGUGAUGCAAAAGACAAAAGAAAAUUCGCGCGUGGGAGCGCAUUACUAAGCACAACGGGCGGGUGCCGUUCCCGCCGUCACACAAUCGAUGAAAAUGAAAAUGAAAUGAAAAGAAAGAGGACGCAACAAAAAAAAAAAAAAAAAAAAAAAAAAAAAAAAAAAAAAUCAGCGAAAACCGACCGGCGUACGAAUUGCCUAGNUUUAGGGGGUUGAAUUUCGUGUGCAUGUGUGAUGCAAAAGACAAAAGAAAAUUCGCGCGUGGGAGCGCAUUACUAAGCACAACGGGCGGGUGCCGUUCCCGCCGUCACUCGGAAUAAAAAAAAAAAAGAAAAAAAGAAAAGAAGAGGACGCAACAAAAAAAAAAAAAAAAAAAUAAAAAGAAACGAAAAAAGAAAUCAGCGAAAACCGACCGGCGUACGAAUUGCCUAGCAAAAAAAAAAAAAAAAAUGCAUAUGCAAAUUUCCUCAGCAUGAGAAAGAAAAUUUGUAAUGCGGAUUUCCCUUAAGAACAAGUUUUGUAAAUGCAUGAUUGCAAUACGAGUACGAUGCUUUUGCAUAGGAUGAUGCGAUCCGUACGACGAAAGCAAAGUGGUGCACGAGGUGGUGCUAUGCACUGCAAAAGUAUCGUACUAGCAUCAAUUGCAUUACAAAUUUUCCCAAGAACAAAAAUAUAAUUUGUCAUGCUAUUUCACGUAGAAAGUUGGAUCUGUCAUGCAUAUCUGCAAUUAAUACGAAUGCGAUACUUUUGCACAGGAGAGGUGCUGCUUGGCGAGGAUGAAAAUGGAACUCCGACAUCUUCUUCCUCCUACCCGCCACUUCGAAAGGAAAAUAAGCAACCCACCGUGCUGCCGCGAGGUGGCACCCUGACCGUUCUCGGGUCGGCUGAUCAUGAACAUGCAGCUGAGCUGCGGAGUCUGGAGCGGUACUGGCAAAACGAAAAUCGAGAAAGGAGAAAACGGGAAGAUAGUAGAAGAGGUGGAGAAGAUGAUGAAACUACAACCAACGCAGACGUUGAUCUCCUUGCGAUGGAUGAUAAUGAUUCUCAAAAACCAAGUAGUAAACCAUCCUCCAUCACUUCACGCAGCACCAGCACAAGUGCCCUCCAGCUCGACGUUGUGAACGACGCCGCGGCCAUCGCGGGACUCCAGGAAGCCGAAGGAACCAUCGAUAGCACAACUCCAUCUGCGGUUCUUCCUUCUGGGCAGGCGGGCGCCGCGUUGAAAGCGGACACGAACGCGGUGGCCACGGCGGACGAGCGAGACCUCGACUGCCCCGGGGGCUUGUGGACGGACGUGGACGAAUUUGAUUGGUAUGCCGCCGACACGCGGGAGCUGUUGCUGCGACUGCGCCCGAUCUUUCACCAGGUGCCCACCGACCUGGCGAAGUAUCCCAUGUAAAAACGCCCCCACCCCACAGUUGUAAUGCAGAUUUGCGAUUACGGGAACGCUUGUAAUGCGCAUCUCCAUGAGAGGCAUUUCCAGUCGUGUUUUGGAAUUUGUAAUACUGUAAACAGGAUGAGAAAGUGCUUUCUCAUGCGGCUUCCCUUGCCAACCAGCACUGCACUGCAGAUGGAAACUUGUCAUGCACAGCGCCCAAAACUUAGAGAUUUGUGAUGCUAGAUUCCCAACUUUACUAUGGGGUGGGGACGUUUUUACUCUGGAAACGAAGAAAAACGUGUUCUACGAGCAGAUCACACCGGGUAUCGUAAGAAAAAACUGUUUCACUGUAAACUUGUAAUGCAGAAAAUGUAUCGCAGAAUUGUUUGUCUUGCUACAGACGCAAGAGAGUGGAUUUUUAGCGGUAUUUUCCCUUAGGAAGCUUGCAUGGCAAAUUUUCUUUGUUGUGUAAAACAAACUUGUGAUGCAAAACCUGCAAAAUCCUAUACAGUGAAACACUUUUUUCGUACGAUACAGGGCCCGACCUGCGCGCCCGGGCAGGCCGCCGCGUGCGUGGACCUCCGCACGGAAACCCACCGGAUCCGGUGCGCGGACGCCCAGGGCUGCUUUAAGAAGCCCAGCGCGGACGAGCUGGCGCACGAGGCGCUGGAGAAGGGGCUAGUGGACCCGGGCAGCGGGAAACUCGACGUUGGGGCACUUAUGAAGGCCUUGAAAGUAUCCUGAGUAAAAACGUCCCCGCACCAGAGUCAAGAUGCGAAAUCUGCUAUACAAAUCCGCCAGCUUUGGUUGUUUCGCAUGAAAAGUCUGUUUUCGUCGUAGUGUAAUCCUGUUUAGAUAGUUCAGAAGCAUUUACAGAUCCACCAUAUCAUGCUGAUUCUAGCAUCACAAAUUUCCAAAUACGAAUAGAAAACGAUUCUCAUCGGGCUCCGCAUGAGAAACGUUUUUGGCAUGCAGAUUUGCCUGACAACUCUGGGGUGGGGACGUUUUUACUCAGAAUAGAAAGCCAACGCGGCCGACGAAGAGGCCACGCAGCCCGACCACGCCGACAUGGUGGAGGAAGUUGCAAAAGACUUGGCCGCCCAGGAGAGUAGUGCUGCCACGGCAGGAAUGGUAAACAACGCAACGGGCACGAACGACACCAGCGUUCUUGCUGGUGCAGCGUCUGAUCCUGGUGCUGCACCUGCCGACAGCACCGGCGCUGCUACUACGAGCAGUACAACAGGAGCAGCGGCGGGGACAACAGGAGCCGCCCCCGCUGGUGAUGAUAUGAUCCAAGACGCUGCACUGGCACCACCAGCUGGAGUCGCCGCGGAUACAACUUCUAGUAGUGCUAGUUCAUCUACUACUGCGUCCGCAUCUACUGCAUCAACUGCUGACGGCACGACGACGCAACAACAAGCUUCGGUUCUUUCCCCGCAAGGACCACCUCCCGGACAUCAGCAGGUCGACGUGAACCAACCGUUUAAUAAAAAUGCCGGGACAGCAGAUCCGAAUCCCGUUUCUUUGCCGCAAAACCAGCAAACAAAUAUGAAUCCAACUGCGGCGGUUACUGCCACGUUUCCAGGGUUGCAGGUGAACAGCGCUCCAAGCAUGACAGCUGGAACUACUGGAACAGUGGCUGGAACUACAGCGACAAGCAGUCCCUCGUCCUGGAUGCAGAUCCCCGUUCCUAUUUCGUCCCUCGACCUCCGCGAGAGUGCUCCUGAGCAGGACAAUUUUAGCGGUGGCGUAGUAAGAAGUAGCGAAGCUCAUGACCAUUCUAGUACGAAAGCCCGUUAUUUAGCACUUUCAACGACGCUUGGGGACAGUCCAGCAGACGAGGAGAAUUCGUUGUGGAGGUCCUGGUUUGACGCCCGUCCUUCUACUUCCAGCUUGCUCUCGUCCGAGGGGUAUCAAAUGUAAAAAUGUCUGGGUCUGGAAGAAUGCAACUUGUCAUGCUAAAUCUGCAGCAUGCAAAAAUCUGUGUUGCAUGAUUACCAAAAGUCGCCCAGUUUUGACCAAGUCGGGAGGCAGUUCUCAUGCAGGAUAGGCAUGAGAAAGAUCGCACAGAAUCUGUUAUGCUAGGUCCUGCAUUCCAGACCUCAUGGGUCAUGGAAAAGCUGCAUGACAAAUCGCGCAUUCUUCCAGACCCAGACACUUUUACAUUUGAUAAGGGGAGGACCGGUACUACGUCAAGCGCGUUCGACGACAACAAUUCACGUGAUCAUUCACUCAGCACCUCCUCACAAGUAGACCAAGCUGAAAAUGAUAAGAAGCCUAAACAGCACGUCAGCUCUGCUACACGUUUUGACGCGCGGCCAGCACUGGAGGCAACUGCACCUCCAGGGGGCUACAACAUGAACUCGUAUCGGGUCGUCCAACAAGUUAGCUCGUCUUCCAACAGAAAGAACUCUGUAAAAUCCCCGCCCAUCCUGCGGUUGGUGGACGACCCUUUCGACGGUUUGCGUGCGGAGCUCGUUCCCGACGAAGAGUUGAACGCGAUGGAAGAAAAGGCGAAGGCCGACGAAGACAAAAAAGCCGCACUGGUCCGUGAAAUAGCUGCGGCCCAGGAGAAGAUGUCAUUCUUGGAAGUGACGGGGUCGUCGGAAGGAAGAACGACAUCAUCUUCAACCGGUGCACAUUUUUCGGGCGCCCCGGAGCUGUCAGGUUCCAGCAUGGGGGCGCCGGUGAGACAAGCAGAUCCCGGGAUGAACGAGGUGAUGACACAGCAGCAGCAGCAAAUAAACGAAAAGGAAAACAAGCUCGACGCGGCAACCGGAGGAGCGGGAACAGCACAAGCUUCGCCUGGACUAUUAAAUACAGCCCUACAUCAACCUGACGCCGCUAUGGAACAACAUCAAGCUUCUACGAAAAAGCAGUCAUCAAUAGCUAGUCCGAUCCGGAGCAAGAAGGUGACCCCGGAGCAGGUGGUAUUCUAAUUAAAAACAUCCCCACCCCAGAGUUGUCAUGCAAAUCUGCAUGCCAAAAAAGUUUCUCAUGCGAAGCCCUAUGAGAAGCUUCUUUUAAUUUUUAGUCGUGUUUUGGGAUUUGUGUGUGAUGCUAGAAACAGCAUGAUAUGAUAGAUCUGUGACGCUGCUGAACUAGCUAAACAGCAUUACACUACGAGCACGAACGUGUCAUGCGAAACAACCAAAGUUGGCUGAUUUGUCUAGCAGAUUUCCCAUGUUGACUCUGGUAUGGGGACGCUUUUACUCAGGAUAGGAGGAGUCCUAUUGCGAGAAGGUGAAGGGCGAGGGCAUCUUCAAGAUGACCAACUUUGACUACUUCAGCGUCGGCCGCAUUCUGGAGCUCGCUAACGUGGACCUGGACUACGUUCCGGAGGGCGAGACCAAGCCGCUGCGCGAAGCGGGCGUCUUGAUUCAGAUGGACGUGGAGUGGACCAACCUGAUUCCGUGGGGCAGCAGUUUCGGGUACAAACCCAUUUCCUACACGUACAAAUUUCGGCGGAUUCCGGGGAUCGAGAUUCUCUACCGCAAGCGCGUGGAAUACGCCACCGCGACCAAACUGUCCGCCUUUGACAUGCAGAGCGCACACAGCGACCCCCGGUUUGUUCCCUACGAUGAAACAAGCGGGGGCCACAACGGAGCAGUGGGAGAUACAGGUUAUAACUCCGGCACUUUCGGUGACGUUGACACAGAAUCUUCUACCACUACCUCCGAACCAAGUACAAUGAUGAAUAGCAAUUAUUACAACGGAGGACAAAGUGAAGCUUAUCAACGCCAAACCUCGUCAAGAAGACCGAAGCAGGUGGAGGUGUGGAUUGCAAUUAUGUCUGGGUCUGGAUGAAUGGAAGGUUUGUCAUGCACAUUUUGCAUGACCGGUGAUGUCUGUGAUGUAUGCUCUAGCAUGACAGGUUUUGGUAGGGCUUCCUAAUGCCUAUACCGCAUGAGAAAUGCACCGGCACCCUCCGCGUAGCAGCUACCGGACUCCCCUUGCUGCCCAUGCAAUACAGAUUUUUUCUAGAAUCGGAAGGCAGCAUCACAAGUUGCAUCCUUCCAGACCCAGACACUUUUGCAGUUGAUAGGAGGCCUUACCGGACAAUUACCGGUGGGUGUUUCAGGGGAACGGGAUCCUCAUCGUGGCCCGCGUUAAGGGCGAGUACGCGGAGUUUAAUCUGUCCUACUUCUGUCUGUGGAUGAUCUCCUUCGUGGCGCUCGCGGCCGGAUUCCAGACGGUGCUGGACUAUUUCAUCCUGUACAUCCUACCGCCGACUAGAAACUACGUCAGUCUCAUGUUUGACUUUGCCAUCUCUCGGAAAGCGGCUUUGGAUGCUGGAGAAGAGCUGGAUCUGGAAGACAACGCCGAUUUAGUGGCUGGGUUGGAGGGGGAGGAAGGAGAAAAUGCGGGCGAUGUCACAGGAGCGCAUCUUCCUGAUAGAAGGAACGCAGCAACAGCUUCUUCUUCUUCUCCGGCUCUCCGAGAAGGGCGGGCAAUCCAACAACAACGCUCGCCGGGGGAUGCACUGAGGCAAACGAGAAACAUACAGGCCAUUCGCCACAGUGGCCGGAGUGGCGGAGAAGGAGUGGAUAUUAUUUAGAAAAUCAUAAUAAAUUUUUGUCAAGAUACUAAACCGCCACCUUGCGCUCCUGUAUGAUGUCACAACAUUGUUGAGAUCAAAAGCAACAACACGUCAAAUCCUAGAUUUUUCCACGGAUGGUCGAAGAGGUGUCGACCACGAAGGUUGUUUCUGUAGAAUGUCUUCCAAUGGUUCAAAAAGUGUGGUUCAAAGACGUGGCCUUUCUUGGGCCAAGGUGACAAGCUGCUUUGUUUUGUUGC